UAAAGUGUGUUUUGAAAAACAUUCUUUUAAAAUAAGCCCUUUUGGCUGCAAAAAUGUUGGGUCCUUGAUUCUCCUUCCUUGCUUUUGCUGUUCCAAAAAGUGAUCAAUGUAGGCAUUUUGCCUGUUAAUGCUGAAGAUUAUUUUCCGUUUAAACCAGUAAACCAGUGCACAAUUCAAUUUGCAAAGCAUUCUAUUUUUGGUUUGUUCGAUUCUCCUCCCUUACUUUUGCUGCUUUUAAAAGUGGUCUGUGAAAAAUGCGUUGCAAUUAAAAAAAGCUCAAGGUAUUAUAUGUUACAAGUUGAAUAAAAAUUGAAUCCAACGAAAUUGAUUGUGUAUUAUUUGUUAUUUUUUACUUUUAGAAUGAAAAAUUUAUAAAAAAAGAUGCCUGGAAAAAUUCUUGUAACAGGCGGAGCUGGAUACAUAGGAAGUCAUUGUGUUGUGGAGUUGAUAAAAGCUGGCUUUGACUGUGUUAUCGUUGAUAAUUUUUCCAAUGCAUAUAAAGAAAGUAUAACACGACAAGAAACGAUAAUUGGGAAAAAAAUAAAAUAUUAUGAGGUUGAUAUUCGUGACCGAGAAGGAUUAAACAGAGUCUUUGAGCAGCACCAGUUCGAUGCUGUCAUUCAUUUUGCUGGAUUAAAAGCUGUUGGAGUCUCUUGUAAACAACCGCUUGAAUAUUAUCAUAACAAUGUCACUGGGUCAAUUACUCUUCUCCAAUGUAUGGAGAAACAUAACGUGAACAAAAUUGUCUUCUCGUCGUCCUCCACUGUUUAUGGUGAUCCGCAGUAUUUGCCGUUAGAUGAGAAGCACCCCGUUGGAGGGUGUUCUAAUCCUUAUGGUACAACCAAACUAAUGAUUGAGUUAAUUUUAGAAGAUGCUGCAAAGGCCAGGCCCUCUUUAAAUGUAGUCUCUCUGCGAUAUUUUAAUCCUGUUGGUGCUCAUGAAAGUGGACUUAUUGGAGAAGAUCCUCAAGACAUUCCAAAUAAUUUGAUGCCAUAUAUCACGCAGGUUGCAAUUGGUCGCCGAGAUGUAUUGAAUGUGUAUGGAAACGAUUAUGAAACAAGAGAUGGAACCGGCGUACGCGAUUACAUUCACGUAGUCGAUCUGGUUGCUGGUCACGUUGAUGCUUUACAGAAAAUGGAUGCUUUAGGAUGUGGAUUUAAGGCUUACAAUUUAGGGACUGGAACUGGCAAAUCUGUCCUGGAAGUUGUAGCUUCUAUGGAAAAGGCAGUUGGCAAAAAGAUUCCAUACAAGUUUGCCCCUCGCCGUGCAGGUGAUAUUGCAGAAAAUUACGCGGAUGCAAAACUUGCUGAAGAAAAAUUGAAUUGGAAAACGAAAAAAAAUAUGGAUGAUAUGUGUGCAGAUUCUUGGAAUUUUCAAUCCAAAAAUCCAAUGGGAUAUAAAUCUAGCGAGUGAGGGAACGUUUUGUGCUGUUUUCAAACUGUUCUCUUUAAACAUUUUUAUUAAAUCACACUUUCAGUGUGUAGCAACCGUGCAAGUUUCUGGUAUUUAUAGAUUUUGUAAAUUAUCCGAAAUUUUUACGUAAUUUUUGUAUAUUUAACUUAUAAGUAGCAGAGCUAUAUAUAAACAUCAAUUCAUAUUUAUUAUAAAUAACUUAUAUUUUAUUACAAAAUACACAGAUAGAUGAGGGUUGCAUCGAGGAGUCACCGAGUUCUUCAACCACUUUAAAUUGCGGUGGUUUGCCACCAAAUCAGCGAAUGUCGAUUAGAAACAUCUAACGGAAGGGGGAGGGAUUUAAUAGUACACGAAAAUUCACAACUGGAAUCUAUAUCUCGACUACUCUCUAUCUCGAACUUCUCUCUAUCUCAAACUAAAGUCUCCGUCCCUUUGUGGUCCGCCUAAGGUAUUUUCCUUUCUUUAUCUCGAACUUUCUCUAUCUCAAACAAAUUUUUUGGUCCCUUGCGAGUUCGAGAUAGAGCUUGUCUGGCUGGGUAUUUGUUGAAAAUUUUUAUUCUAAUUUUUGUGAGUUUUAAUCAUGAAAAAAAAGUCGGGAAAUCAAGGAAAAAUUCUCAAAAAAAAUUGAUGAAAAAAGUGACGGAAUUAACGGUGGCAACCCUGAGUAGACGUCCGUUUAAUCUCGUUGCUUCCCCAUCUUCUAUGUAUUAAAAAAAGUAUUUUUAUGUGUAAACUUUAUAUUUAUUACGUUAUUAUAAUUUAAAGAUGCAUCUGUGAUUUGAUUUAUCUUAAAAUAGCACCUACGUAAA